UCAAAGGGAACGUCAACCGCGUCGCGACCAACUUCCAUCACCACGACCACCUUCUCUCAUCACCUCCAACACACAUCUUGUUGCCGCCUGGAAUCUAUUUCAUCCUUUCGGAGACCACUGGAAAGCGCGACGUUCACACCGCCACCAUGGAGGAUCUCGAGCAGCCAGAGACGCCGACCAUCAACAGCCGCGAGGACGAGCCAGAGGGCAACAAUGACCAAACCGACCCUCUGCGCCCGGAGAUAGAAGAGGAGAACGAUGCGGGAGGAACGCCCCCAAUGGCUGAUCCUACCGCCGACACCGAGGUGCAGGAGGAGCUGCCCACGAACGGCGCAGAUGAGGCCGACGACGAAGCAGACGGCGGCAACCCAGCCAACACCGACCGGGCAGUCCAAGACGACGAAGAUGACGAUUCAGAACUAGAAGAGCUGGACGAACAGGAGUUCGCCGACUUUGACGCCACGGCGCUGAACAUCCCAGAUAAGCCGAUUGAUGUGGACGAGAGCAAUGUUGCUCUACUGGGUGUGCACAAGCGCAAGCGAACGGCCGAAGAAGAGGCUGAGCGCGAGCGAAAGAAGAAGAAAAAAGAGAAGAAGAGAGACAAGCCAAGUCGGAGACGCAGAGGCGAGGAUGAAGAUGACUUUGAGGGCGGGCCAGAAAUGGAUGGCAAGCGCUCGAGAAAAGGCAAGGGAUCAAAGCCGAGUGGCAGCUCAAAGAGGGAGAGGACGCCGAUUGAUCUUGACAGCCUGCCACCGGAUGAGCGCCGUCGUCGUGCACUCGAUGCGAAGAUUGAUGAGGCUCUCAAGACACAUCGUGUGUCUCGCCGCAAAGCCGCCCAGGACAUGGAAGAGCGCGCCGACCAAGAACUUUCAGAAAUGCGUACUCGCAUCGCUAAAGCUUGUGAGGCUGAUGCUCAGGCUCGACAGCGAGGCGAAGUCGCCGUUCAGAAGCUCAAGAUUCUCCCCGAGGUCGUGGAGCUCAUGAACCGCAACACCAUUCAGUCGCAACUCGUUGAUCCGGAUAUCAACAUUCUCGAAUCUGUCCGAUUUAUGCUCGAACCCGCCGAUCAAGAUGCGGCCUUGCCAAACUACCAGAUCCAGCGUGAGCUCUUUGCUAUCCUCUCAAAGCUCAACAUUGGAAAGGAAGCACUCGUUGCUUCAGCUAUCGGCAAAGUCGUGCUUUUCUAUACCAAAUCAUCCCAACCACAACCAGACAUCAAGAGACAAGCCGAACAACUCGUCGCAGAAUGGACCCGCGUUAUUCUGAACAAGGGCAAAGAUGCUCGCUCCAAGCCUGUCGAGACGAGAGGCUACGACCCAUUGGUUGCGGCUGCGAGCCAGAGAAUGGGAGGUAGUCAAGUUGAUCGUACUGCAGUGGCUGCAGAGAAGCGGAAGAGAGCACUCGAACUUCCUGGACCAGCGAACCGAGCGAGAGUAUUGGGUGGUGUCGGAACGUACAGCAUUGCGCCUGUCAGUAAUUUGAGUAACGCUCAAGGUGUGAGUGCGCGAAAGACGCAGGGCGCGAACGACGAGGCAUUUAGGAGAAUUGCGGCGAGGAGUUCGCAGAAGGCUGGAAAGCGGUAGACAUGUUAAUGGAAAUGGUUUUGAGGUGAUUCACCAAGGGUGCAGCGAGGCGUAGGGAAUGGCACAAGCGAACGUACGGCGUGUACUGCAUUGAAUAGAAGACAGGGCGGAAUUACUUGGCUGCCAAUGCCGAACAGAACAGCUUCAGAUACUCGAUGAACGGAAGGGAUGAGCAAUCUGUCCCUUCGAUAUCACUAGCAAGCUACACCAUGGCCAAUCGACCUUUGGCUCCGGCUUCUUUUUGAC